CCAUACCCUUCUUCCCCUAUCAUGGCCUACACAAAGUCAUCCAAGCGCCCUCCUAAACACAACAAGGCGAACCAAAAACCCUCAUUCUGGUCUAGGCUGAGCAGCAUCUCCGCAGAACACCUUAUCGAAAGGCUGUUCGAGGCCAAACCCCGCCCUUCUGGACCACGGACUGUCUACUUGAACGAGAACUUGCCCCAGGAGUGCUAUGACUCUAAACAUAAGGGCAGAGUACGCCACGACUGUAUCUACAACACCAACCAGGUCGUCACGAGCAAGUACACAGUGAUCACCUUCGUACCCCGGAACCUGUUAGAACAGUUUAGGCGUGUAGCUAACCUGUUCUUCCUCGGCAUCGACGUCCUUCAGUUCUUCCCAAAGUUCGCUACCAUCUCCCCAGGCCUCGUCAUUCUCCCCCUCAUCGUCGUACUGGCUAUCACGGGCGCCAAAGCCGGAUAUGAAGAUCUCAAGCGGCACCAGUCUGACCGGAAGGGGAACCAGUCCCCAACACAUGUCCUCACAGGGGGAGGGUACGUCAACCCGAACCAGAUGGGCCGCAAGGCGCGCACGUACUCUAUCCCCCUUCCGUGGAAGAAGAAGAAGGUGAUCGAUGAGGAGAAGAUUGCUGAGGACGAGAAGGAGCUGAGGAGGGUUAUGAGCGAGCGGUCGGAGCAUCCGGAGCGGGAGAUCGAGAUGCGUGAGAGGGACGUGAAGGUGGGCGUCGUGAGGACUUCCAGCAGCGCUGCGGGCGGAUCACGCCCACAUGCGGAUAGCACGGGGUCAACAACCCUCCGCGCAAGUGGAGACGAGUUCCAGCCAAUGGACGUAGAUCAAGAUGCGCUCAGCACUGCUUCCCGCAACACCCCACACUUUGGCCGUACGGUAUGGGAAGACAUCGCCGUCGGCUCCUUUAUCAAGAUCUACAACAACGAGAGCGUCCCUGCGGAUAUUGUCAUCUGCGCCACCUCCGAACCCGAGAACGUCGCUUUUGUAGAAACGAAGAACCUGGACGGGGAGACGAAUUUGAAAUCCCGGCGUUCGGUCGAAGGGCUGACGCAUCUUCGCACGGCACACGAGUGCGCUCUGGCCCAGUUCCGUAUCGAGGCCGAGGCACCGCAUGUCGAUAUGUACAAGCUCAACGCUGCUGUGGUCAUGUACGGCGAAGACGGGAGCAUGAAGCACCCUGUUGACGCGCAGAUGUGCCUUCUCCGAGGUACAGUGCUCCGGAACACAGAGUGGGUGAUCGGUGUCGUCCUUUACACAGGUUUUGACACGAAGAUCAUGCUCAACUCCGGUGGGACGCCCAGCAAACGGUCCAAAGUCGAGCGCCAGAUGAACCCACAAGUCAUCGUCAACCUCGCCCUGCUCGCCAUUAUCAGCGUCGUCUGUGCCAUAGCAGACAGCGCGAUCGAGAAGCAAAAACAGCCUAUGGGCGCUUACUGGCUCUAUGACGACAACCGCUCCGGAGAUAAUCCGAGUAUCAACGGCCUGAUCACUUUCUUCCAAGCGCUCAUCACGUUCCAGAACGUGAUCCCCAUUUCUCUCUAUCUGUCGAUCGAGUUCGUAUGGACCUGCCAGGCGGCGUUCAUCUACUUCGAUAAGGAGAUUUGGUACGAUAAGACGGAUACGGCGACGUUGGCUAGGAGCUGGAACUUGUCCGACGAUCUGGGGCAGAUCCAGUAUGUCAUGAGUGACAAAACGGGUACAUUGACUCAGAACAAGAUGGUCUUCCGCCAAUGUUCGAUCGGGGGAAAGAUGUACAAAGGCGAACCGGACGAGACGGACGAAGACAGGCGGGCAAAAGCUAAAGCUACGUCUCUGGAAACCUCUUCCCAGUCCUCAUCCGACCAGAGCGCGACCAAGCUGCUCCCUGAACCUGCGCACAGGUUCGUCGACCCCGAGCUCGAAACGGACUUGCGCCAUUCUGGGCAGAACGCGCAUGUGCAGAACCUUGUUGGGUUCUUUGACGUCCUAGGACUGUGUCAUACCGUUCUGGCGGGGGAAGACGAGCAUGGGAAGCUGCAGUAUAAAGCUCAGAGUCCGGACGAGGCUGCGCUCGUACAGGCCGCAGCGGACGUAGGGUUCGUCUUCCGGGGAAGGGACAAGGAGAUCCUGCGGUUGCAAACGCCGUUCUCUCACGAACUGGAACAGUACGAACUGCUGAACGUACUCGAGUUUACCUCGGCUAGGAAACGCAUGAGCGUCGUCAUACGCCGUGUGGACGGGGAAGAUCAUCGGCUUCUCCUUCUCUCCAAAGGCGCGGAUAACGUCAUCUUCGAGCGGCUCGCUCCUGGCCAGACAGAUAUCCGGAGCAAGACGGACGAGCAUCUGCAGUUCUUUGCCGGCCUUGGCUUGCGCACAUUGUGUCUCGCCUACCGGGUACUAGACGAGAACGAAUACGACGCCUGGAGCAGGGAGUAUCAUGAAGCUGAGACGGCCCUCGAGGACAGGGACGACAAGCUCGAGGAAGCGUGUUCCAAGCUCGAGCAGAAGAUGCGUCUCUUGGGAGCGACGGCGAUCGAGGAUAAGCUGCAGGACGGUGUGCCGGAAGCGAUUGCGGACCUUAAGCGCGCUGGGAUCAAGGUUUGGGUCGCGACGGGCGACAAGCUCGAGACGGCUAUCUCUAUUGGCUACUCGACGAACCUGCUUGCCAAGGACGCGAAUCUGGUCAUCGUCCGAGGUACGGGCGGGGAUUCGGAUCGAACGCCAGUGUAUGAUCAGCUGCGGGGUGCGGCGGCGACCUUCUUCUCUGAAGAGAGGAUUGAGGAGAAGCAUCCGGAGGUCCUGUCACCCGACGACUACGAAGUCCAGAUGCACGGACGGCCAACAUUCCUUCGCCGGCUAUCGUCUCACCAUACCGAGCCGCGGUCUCCUGUGGCCAGAGGGAGCUUUGACGGCACUCGUCUGCGGAGGUUCAACACUGGCGUUUCUUCCCUCGUUGGGCCGGACAACGGCCACAAGCCUGGAGGAUACAGCUUGGUCAUCGACGGUGCCGGCUUGGCAGAAGCGCUCGCGGAGAACUGGAGUAAGGCACUGCUCAUGCAGGUCUCGACUCGCUGUGAAGCUGUCGUAUGCUGCCGUGUGUCACCUAAGCAGAAAGCGCAGAUCGUCCACCUUGUCAAGGAUGGCCUGGGUGCUAUGUGCCUGGCUAUCGGCGACGGCGCAAACGACGUGAGCAUGAUCCAAGCUGCUGAUGUAGGGGUUGGGAUCAGCGGUGAAGAGGGCCUGCAAGCUGUAAACUCGUCGGAUUACGCUAUCGCUCAAUUCCGCUUCCUCACCCGGUUACUCUUCGUACAUGGUCAUUGGUCCUACAUUCGGAAUUCAAACAUGAUUUUGAACUUCUUUUACAAGAACAUUGUCGCUAUCGGUGUGCUCUUCUGGUUCCAGAUUUACUGCGCUUGGAGUACCACAUACGUGUUUGAAUAUACCUAUCUUCUGUUCUGGAACGUCUUCUGGUCUCUCUGCCCCGUCAUUGCUAUUGGUAUCUUCGACCGCAACAUCGACGGUGACAUCCUCGUCGCGCUACCAGAACUCUAUCGGUACGGGCGUGAAGGCCGCUGGUUUGGCACUUGGCGAUUUACGAUAUACAUGCUCGAAGCUGGAUACCAGUCUGUCGUCAUCUUCUUUUUCAUCCUGUACGCCUAUGCCACCACGUCCGCCCGUUCGGAUGGCUGGGAUGUGGAUAUGUACGAGUUCUCCACCACCAUGGUCAUAUCCUGCGUCAUGGCCGUCAAUUUGUAUAACGGGAUCAACACGUACGCGUGGUCGGGCUGGGUUUGGUUCGCCGUAAUCAUCGGCCCCAUCCUGUGCUGGUUAUACACGAUCGUAUACAACGCCAUACCGCCUAGCAGCUUCUUCACGUUCGUGUAUGGGAACAACUACUUUCUGUUCCCGUCAGCAUACUACUGGUUCGGCCUCUUCCAGACGCUAUUCCUGGCUCUACUCCCCCGAUAUGUGUGGAAGACUAUCAACGAAUCAUACCUACCUGACGAUAUUGACGUAUUACGUCAAAUCAGAGCAUUCUAUCCAAAUAUAGACGUAAAGAGCGAUCCCGGCCUAGGCGGUCGGUUCAAGGCCGAGACCCUGCCCGAAAAGGAAGAAUUGGAGCCGCACCCCGAACCAGAGAAUAUAUACGCAGAACCAGAACACGCGACCGAUCUACUGCGGCGCUCAAUCGACUCCAGUGCAGCACCUGAAACUCCACGACAUAACUACCCGCCCACGUCCGAUUCCAUCUACCGUCAACGCCAGGCCACAGGUAGCCGCACGGAAAUGUCAACCGGUCGUCGAGGGACAGGACCUGGUGGAGGAUUUGACUUCUCGCAGGAGGAAGGAGGCUUUGCUAUUCAGCGGAUGCAGAGUCAUCUGUCGGAGAUGUCCGAACGACGAAGGCGUGAGAGGGGGUCUCUCGCUUCUCGUUUGCUGCAUAGUACAACUCCGAGGCGAGACCGCUCCGGAAGCGGUGGAAGCGUUGGUCUCUUCCCAUCUCUCAGGAGGUCAACACGAAGGAGAAGGGAAAUUCCGUCACAACAAGAGCCUCCAGUACCAUCCCCGCCGGAGCCCGCACACCGGCCAACAUAAUAAUACAAGAUUCUUCUCAGUGUUGUAACCUCAUACCUUUCACGACUUUUCACGAUAUUUCCAGGGUUUUCCCUGAUAUUCAUAUUAACUGUAUCUAUCGAUCACAGUAGGGUGUACAACCACAUGCAAU